AUGGAAAUGACAACGAUGAUAUACAAAUGGAGGCGUGCACUUUCACGAGAAGCAACAAGUACUUUUGACAUGUCUUCAGCCAUGUGGCUAGUGAUAUUCCUGUACAAAGAACAUGGGACAAAUUAUUGUGACAGUCCACCAGGUAAUAUAUUUAAUUUAAAAUUCAAUUCAGAAAUGUUGGUCCGUUGCAGUACGGGAAAUAUAUUACGAGAAUGGUAUUCGAUCCAUAUAAAUCGGACUGAAAUCAAUGAUGUAGCUACGUGGAGCUUAGAGAGAGGAAUUACCAAAACAGUUCCAGAAUCUCUUUAUGAAAGAAGACAUAAUUUACAAGGCCUGAUUAUGAGAGCUGUUAUAGUUAAGGAUGGCGAAUUAGAUGGUAUAUACGGUAGGAUAUUAAAAGAACUCUGUGCCACUCUCAAUUUUAGUUUCAACAUUGUCUCAGAAGUAGAAGAGCAUGGAAGAUGGAAUCCAAAAGAAAAAACUUGGUCUGGUGCAAUUGCAGAAUUAUAUACUGGACGUGCAGAUAUUUCUCUUUCAGAGUUUUCUAUGACCAAUGAUAGAUUAAAUGCCGUUGACUUCACGAAUCCUGUUUUGAUCUCCAAAGACUGUCUCUUCUUUCGGGAACCAGAAAUAUUCGCGAUUAAAUGGUCAUCUUAUUUUCUAGCUUUCGCUUAUUCUGUUUGGAUUGCUAUGUUUGGAGUACUAAUUGCUGCAUCAAUUUUAUUGAUUUUCCUGAAAAUAAAAAAUGGAACCGAUCGUAAAAUCAAACAUUUAUUGUCUGAUAAUUUUUUGGAAAUUUGGGGUAUAUUUUGUCAACAAGGAAUUUCAGAAUUUGUUGAUAAAUCUUCGUUACGCAUAGCAUACUUUUCUGUAUUUCUUUUGGUUACCGUCUUAUCAGCUGCUUAUUCUGCAGCUUUGAUAAGCUUUUUAACGACCGUAAGUCACAUCCUACCCUUUGAUUCAUUAGAAAGUUUCGUUCAAGAUGGUACUUAUCAACUUUCUGUUUUUCGUGGUACCGCUUAUUAUGAUAAAUUUGCAAAUUCGGAAGCUCCGCUUGCAAAAAAGUUGAUGAAGUUGAUGCUAAAAGAAGACAAAUUGCCCUUAACUGUGUUGGAAGGAUUUACGAGUAUUUGUGACAAUCAGAAGCUAGCAAUAUAUACGUUCGACGAAAUGAAAAAAUCAAUAGAUCCUAAAAUUCCGUGCAAUGUAGUUCGUGUUGAGACAGGACACGUAAAUAAUGUAGCUAUAGUUUUAUCUAAGCACAAUCCAUUUACUGGCAUUUUUAAUUUUCAGUUGCAGAAAUUUUUCGACAAUGGCAUUAUGAGUCGUUUAAAAAAUUCACCAUUUGAAAAGAAAUCCAAUGAUAUGAUAGAACAUCAACCGGUUCCCUUAACCAGCGUACUAUCACUUCUUAUCUUUAUCCUAAUUGGAUUGACGAAUAAGCCAGACCAAACAGGGUUAUCAGGUACAAAAUAUUUGGAUUUCGAUAAGGAAGUAAAUUAUUAUUUUUAUGGUAUUAUCCGAAAGAAAUCUAAUACUAGUUAUAGUUGUCAAUCGAUUAAUUACCCAUACACGAAUCAACUGAAAGCACAGAAAAAAUCAUACGAGGCCUUCAUAAGAACCGAAGAGGCAACUAUAAUAUUCGAUAUGGACAGUGGAAGAACUGUAGUAUUAUAUGGUAAAUUUCAUGUUUAA